AAACGUACAGCUUCUUACUAGAAACUCAGAGGACACUUUCACCCUGCCGCUAGGAACCAGUUUUUUUUAAAUUGAUUUUUGACACAAAUCCAUUACUUACACAAAUUUGAAAAUUAGGUAACGGCGCAUAAUGGGUUAUUCAACGGUGAUGGGUUCACGCAUAAAGAUCGUGUAAUAACAAUCGUUUCCAUCACUCUGCAAUCUGAUACAUCAGUGUGAAAAAGUUGAGUAAUUAAUUGUGCGUUAACCAGGACAAGUUUAUUAUAUUUCACUUCGAAUAAGUGAUGCGCCUUGAUUGGUCAUUGAUUUACGGAAAAAUCCAAAGGUUCUAAACGAGUGAAACGUUUGGGUUUGCCCAAGUUGCAAUUUGCAUCUAUAUCGAAACAAUACCAUAUUGAUUUAAUAUGGAUUUGAAGUUGCACAAUAAUGACAAGCCGAAUCCAAGGGAGAACGCCAACAUUCUUUCCAUUUGCACUCUAUGGUAUACGAUUCCCACCUUCUUGCUUGGGAGGAAAAAGUCUAUUGAAAUAUCUGAUGUAUACAAAACGCUACCCUACCAUCAAUCAAAAUCAUUGGGAGAUAGAAUUGAGCUUAUUUGGAAGACAGAAGAAUCUAAAGCUUCUAAUGCUAAAAGGCAGCCAUCGUUAACCAGAGUCCUGUUCAAAAUGUUUGCAGCGAGUUAUGCCCUCCAAAUGAUACCAUCGGCGUUUAGCGAGCUAGUAGUCAGAUUACUACAACCUUUGCUGUUGGGACAGCUGAUAGCGUACUAUGCUCCAGGACAGACGGACAUCACGAAAUCAGAAGCUUAUGGCUACGCCGCGGGCGUCGUGGGCUGUUCGCUAGUCCUGGUUUUUGUCGUAUCGCUGAAUUUGUUGUCGUACACGCAAAUCGGUAUGCAAAUGCGGGUAGCUACGUGUUCCCUAAUUUAUAGAAAGUCCCUAAAACUGAGCAAAGGGGCGUUGCGGGAAACCGCCGUUGGACAUGUAGUUAACCUGUUAUCUAACGAUGUUAGCAGAUUCGACUUCUUCAUACAACUCUCUCAGUACCUCUGGAUUGGACCACUCCAAACAAUAAUUGUCUCUUACUUCCUGUACAAGGAAGCUGGAAUAUCUGCGAUAAUUGGCGUAGUUGUGUUGUUACUAUUCAUACCCUUCCAACUUGUGAUGGCGAAGUUAAUUGCGAAAUUACGGGCCACAGCGGCGAGGAAAACCGAUGAGAGGGUGCGUGUCAUGAAUGAAAUUAUUUCCGGAAUGCAAGUUAUCAAAAUGUACAAUUGGGAGACACCUUUCGUAAAACUGGUCUCUUUACUUCGCAGGAGCGAAAUAAAGUUUAUACGAAUAAUUUCAUUUAUACAGGGAGGUUUCCUUUCUUUCUUCGUUUAUGCGGCUCCUCUUUGCUUAUUUAUAUCCAUGCUGUUUUACUCGCACCUUGGAGAAGCAAUAACAGCUAAAAAAGUGUUUGUACUAACAACAUACUUCAACAUACUUCGUAUCAACAUGUGCAAUAUAUUUACGCAAUCCACUGCACGAGCUGCGGAACUCAGUAUAUCAAUCAAGAGAAUCAAUCACUUUUUAAGGAGCGAGGAGGUUGAUCAAACGUUACUUGCCAACAAAAGUAUGGCAGUUUUGAAACCAAAUCCCCAACAAGAUCACCACGCGAUUUCCAUCAUUGAUGGUCAGGCGAAAUGGCUGGAGUCAUCUACUGACCUUGUUUUAUCGAAUAUUAAUCUGAAAGUGAAACGUGGUUCUCUAGUAGCUAUCAUUGGUCCUGUUGGAAGCGGCAAGAGUAGCCUGCUGCACGUUUUUAUGAAAGAGCUACGGUUGGUAAAAGGAGACAUGGAGGUAAUUGGUAAUAUUAGCUAUGCAUCCCAAGAGCCUUGGAUCUUUAACGGAACUGUUCGCCAAAAUAUAAUCUUCAACAAACCCUACUCGGAGCCACACUACAGAAACGUAAUAAAUCAUUGCUGUCUCGACAGCGACCUUUCGUCCUUACCACAUGGCGAUAUGACAGUGGUUGGUGAACGGGGAGUAAGCUUAAGCGGAGGACAAAGGGCCAGAGUGAACUUGGCUAGGGCAGUAUACCAAAAAGCAGAUAUUUAUUUACUGGACGAUCCUCUUUCGGCAGUAGACACUCAUGUGGGAAGAGAAUUAUUUGACGAGUGUAUUAAAGGGUUUUUACACAAUAAAACGGUCGUUCUCGUAACACACCAGCUGCAGUAUUUGAAAGAAGUCGAUAAUAUCAUUCUUCUGGAAAAUGGAGUUGUACAGGCAGAGGGAACCUUUGAAGAACUGCAACAGUCAGGUUUGAACUUCGCCAAACUAUUACAGGCCGAAGAAAAGGACGCGAGAGUAUCCUCUCAGAAGCAGUCGGAGGAAACGGAUUUAUCUUCCGCUGAAGAUUCAGAUGACGUUAAAGCUGAUGGCAAUGAGGAGCAAAAAUCCGAGGGAACUGUCUCCAAAGAUGUUUAUAAAUCAUAUAUUAAAGCGGGCUCCAAUUGGUUUUUUAUAUCUAUUGUGUUUCUGUUAUUUUUAGUUUUACAACUAACGGUUAGCUUUGCUGAAGUUUUUAUUGCACGAUGGGUUACUGCGGAGGAGAAUCGUUUCAACGCUACACACGCUGCACUAGAAUCUGAAUUUUGGAAUCUCACCACCGAGACUUAUAUUUACGGUUAUGGAGGAAUUAUCCUGAUGAUUGCGAUUCUGACAAUCUUCCGCAAUUUUUCCUUCUACACAAUUUGCAUGCGAUCAUCCGAACGGCUUCAUUACAAUAUGUUUAGCAGCAUCAUUCGGGGGACGAUGAGAUUCUUUAACACCAAUCCAUCAGGAAGGAUUCUAAACCGAUUCUCGAAGGAUAUGGGCUUAAUUGAUGAUAUGCUACCGGUAACCAUCUUGGACAGUUUUCAGUAUUCUUUUAUGUUGUUGGGGAUAGUUGUGGUGGUCGCUACCGUCAAUCCAUGGCUUUUGAUACCAACUGUAGUCAUAUUCGUUAUGUUUUACUUUCUGAGGGCGUUUUAUUUGACUACUAGCCGCAAUGUGAAACGAUUGGAAGGAAUCGCAAGAAGUCCUGUUUAUGGACACCUGAAUGCGUCUCUACAAGGAUUGAAUACAAUUCGUGCACUACAAGCGGAAUCCAUUCUUAUCGACGAAUUUGAUGGUCUUCAAGACUUACACACUGAAACGUACUUUUUAUUCCUUUCAUCAUCGCAAGCAUUUGCUUAUUACUUAGAUCUCAGUUGCACAGUUUACAUAGCCUUAGUAACUUUCAGUUGUCUCCUCGUCGAAAGCUCUAUGUCAGGAGGAAAUGUCGGCUUAGUCGUCAGUCAGUCCCUAGGACUUAUAGGUUUAUUCCAGUGGGCGACGCGACAAUCUGCCGAAGUAGAAAAUCAAAUGACAUCCGUUGAACGAGUGUUUGAAUACCAAAAAAUAGAAUGCGAGCGAUCUCAAGAAAUCGAAGAAAAAAAGCCCUCGGAUUCUUGGCCGCAAUUCGGUGAAGUCAAAUUCGUUAACGUAUUCUUACAGUAUUUCCCUCAAGAUCCUCCCAUUCUAAAAAAUUUGACAUUCACAAUUAGACCGCUGGAAAAAGUUGGAGUUGUUGGUCGAACCGGAGCGGGAAAGUCAAGCCUUAUUAACGCCCUCUUCCAAUUAACUGAUACUAGCGGUUCCAUUUUAAUUGACGGAAUCGAUAUUCAAAAAAUCGGAUUGAGCGAUUUAAGAUCGAAAAUUUCAAUCAUACCCCAAGAACCGGUACUUUUCUCGGGGACCAUUCGUAAAAAUCUAGAUCCAUUCAGCGAGUACGCUGACGAAAUGCUGUGGAAAGCGCUUGAGGACGUUGAACUGAAAGAUGUUAUUAAAGAGUUAAGCCUAGGAUUGAAUUCCGCCAUAUUUGAUGGAGGAUCGAACUUGAGCAUCGGUCAACGACAAUUGAUCUGCUUGGCGCGUGCGAUUCUGCGCAACAACAAAAUAUUAGUGCUAGAUGAGGCUACCGCCAACGUGGACCCCCAAACCGAUGGUCUUAUUCAAAGCACUAUUAGAAAUCAAUUUUCCCAAUGCACAGUCAUCACGAUUGCACAUCGCCUAAACACUAUUAUGGACUCCGACCAAAUUCUGGUGAUGGAUUCUGGCACUCUCGUCGAAUUUGGUCACCCACACACGCUUUUACAAAUUACAAAUGGAGUGUUUUAUGGAAUGGUUUUACAAACCGGACCGACGAUGGCCAAUUCAUUAAUGGAAAUUGCCAAAAAGAAUUUUCACAACACGUCAGAAACAAAAUGAAGUGAUUAGCAUUAGGAACUUUAGUUUAAUAAUGUUUUUGUGCGUAUUUUUGUCAGUGAAGUGAUGUAUUCAAUAAACUAAUAAAUCCA